AUGAGUAUCUCGACGCGAAUGCGAGGCACGCCCCCCGCUACCGACUCCAACGACACGGCGUGGCUCUUCGCCGCCGCGCCCCAGCACACCCGCAACGCCCUCGCCCUCGCGCGCGUCGCGGGCACAGACUACAUCUACGCCGACCCCGCCCUGGGCGCUGCCCAGGGCGGCUGCUGCACGCUGGCUACCGGGCCAAAGCAGUGGGUUUGA